AUUCGCCUCCCUUCAGACAGAGACAGACAAACAGGUGAAGGACUGGGAGGAUGGCGCUAGCUGCCUGCUUUAGCUUGGGGCUACUUGCUUGCCUGCUGAUUGGACCCUUCACGAGAGGUGCCCAUGCUGCUGACUGCCCCAGGGACUGGCUCUCCUACAACCACCAUUGCUAUGGCUACUUCCCCCGGGAGCUGACCUGGAGGCAGGCACAGGCUCACUGCCAACGCCACAAGGCCAACCUGGCCUCCAUUCUGGACGAGGACGAACACUCCGCCAUCGCUGACUUCCUGCACCAAGUCCAGUGGGACGACGAGGACGUGUGGCUCGGGCUGUCCCUCCCUGCGCGGGGCCAGAGCUGGGCCUGGGCAGAUGGCAGCCCUGUGCGCUACACAGCCUGGGAAAGGUUCAAGCCUUCUCGUGCCUCGAGAGGUGACAACUGCGCCCAGCUGGACGAGGAUUCAGGUUUCAUGCUGUGGGACAAUGACUCCUGUGACGACAGGAACCCCUUCCUUUGCAAGCUGUAGACCAAGCACGGGCUCAGGGCCGCCACCCUGUCCUGCACGUGACCCCGUCCCCGACGGUGCUUCGUUGUAUCACCACUCCCUACACUUUGCUCUCUUGCUCUGCCCCAACCCCUCACUUGAGGCUGAAAAUAAACGACAAGCAGAACAUGCCUGGCUUCUUCACCCCCCGCCCCAUGCAUUUUCUGCCUGGCGAAAGGGCAUUUCAAACUCUGGCUUAGGCCACGACAUGCUGGCACUCGCUCCAAGGCUGGCCCUGCGAGAAGCUAGCUUGCUGUCUGCAAUACCUUUUAUCAUCAGACCAACCAAACUGACCCAAAACGUUGGUGCAAGCUUUUGAGCUCACUAGUACUCUUCAUCAGGCUGGAUUAUGCUUGCCAGCCUCCAGGUGGUGGCUGGAGAUCUCCCGGAAUUACAACUGAUCUCCAGGCCACAGAGAUCAGUUCCCC